GAGAGAGCGCGAGUGAGUGAGUGAGCAAGCUAGCUCGCAGGCUGGCCAUCGCUACACAGGCAUAGCUUACUGCAAGGGCAGACAGUGUGGAUGCAACGUCUACCACUGCGGAAACAGACACUCAGAAGAGGGACAAAAAAGUGUUUUGACGGUAUUUUAUUCCCGAUACAUUAAAAAACGAAGCUCCACUCAAUAGGUGGAUACUUUUUGUGGAACUUGAAAGUGAUCUUUCCUUUACUGUGGGAUCAUAAAGACGCGUAGGUAGAUAUGGACUGUAGGGAGUCUAUUACUGCAGGGUAAGCCGUGCCGGUGUUACCACACGCCUAGUAGAGGGAAUUGCAAAGCCACUAGUCCGGACUUUUAUCGUGGAUGUUUCAUGAAGCGCUUUCCAGAAUUUGCCACCUCUGAGAGACCUUGGAUUUACAAGGAACCGGGAUCUAUCGGAGCUUUUAUUUGCGUCAGUUUCCUCUCGUCGAACGGAACUUUCAUUGCCGAAGUAGUGCGGAAAACAUGGAGACUGUAACGCGACAGAGCUUCCAGCCUCAUCCAGGACUGCAACAAACUCUCAAGCAGUUUCACCUGAGUUCUAUGAGCUCGCUAGGCGGCCCGGCGGCUUUCUCUGCUCGGUGGCAACAUGAUCUCCUCUUCAAGAAAGAGGGGAAAGACCCCGAGCCCGUCCUCCACCUCCCCAUGCAGCCUCCGCCGGUGAUGCCGGGGCCUCUGUUCAUUCCCUCCGACCGCUCCACCGAAAGGUGCGAGACGGUCCUGGAGAGCGAGACGAUCUCGUGUUUCGUGGUCGGCGGCGAAAAGCGGCUGUGCCUACCGCAGAUCCUCAACACCGUCCUGCGGGAUUUCUCCCUCCAGCAGAUCAACUCCGUGUGCGACGACCUCCACAUCUACUGCUCGAGGUGCACGGCGGACCAGCUGGAGAUCCUAAAAGUCAUGGGGAUUUUGCCGUUCUCUGCACCCUCGUGCGGCCUCAUCACCAAAACGGAUGCGGAGCGCCUCUGCAAUGCCCUGAUUUACGGGGGCACGUACCCACCGCACUGCAAAAAGGAGUUUUCCGGCAUUCUGGAGCUAGAGCUGACGGAGAAGAGCUUCAAGGUGUACCACGAAUGCUUCGGGAAGUGCAAGGGACUUUUCGUUCCAGAGCUGUACACUAGCCCGAACGCAGCCUGCAUCCAGUGCAUGGACUGCAGACUAAUGUAUCAGACUCACAAGUUCGUGGUCCACAGUCACAAAUCGUUGGAAAACAGGACUUGCCACUGGGGUUUCGACUCCGCCAACUGGAGGGCAUACAUCCUACUCGGCCAGGAUUACACAGGAAAAGAGGAGAAGGGACGUCUUGAGCAGCUUUUAGAUGAAAUAAAGGAGAAAUUUGACUUCGCGAACAAGUACAAGAGGAAAGCCUCCACGGCGCACGAUCCGAUUCCAGCCAAGAAGUCUAAAUAUGAAGACUUCGUCUCGCAGUCCCCGUCAGCUGACAAAGAGAAGCAACCUGACUGGCUGCGAUCGCUGUCGGCCUCGGCGAAUAAGGGUCUUAACUGCAUCCAGCCCCGGCAGAGACCUUCUGCCUUCCGGCCCUGGUCCCCCACCAUUUCAUCAGCCGAGAAGGAGACGCCCUCGCGCAUCCCCGCCGUUCUGCGUGACAGCUUCUACAACUUCAAAAAUCUGGAGAGUUCAGUGGCCCCCAAUGUGGCCCUCACGCCCCUGCCCCUCCAGAAAGUGGGCCAGCUCUCCCCCGCGGCCCCCAGCACGUCCCACUCCAACGGGCCGGAGGCCCCGGCCGACUGCAGCAGCAGCUCCAGGGCCCGGAAGAGGAGGGCGACAGGAGAACCUCAACCCCUGCCCGAGCCCCCCUGCCCCCCCGCCGCCGCCAGCAAGCCCCCCCAGGAGGACAAAGACUCCGAGGUGGAGGUGGAAGUGGAGAGUCGUGAGGAGUUCACCUCCUCCCUCUCCUCCCUGUCGUCCCCUUCCUUCACCUCCUCGAGUUCGGCGAAGGACCUGAGCUCCCCGGGCACCCAGCCCCCGGCCUCCGCGGCCUCCUCCAUGGACCAGGUCCCGGCCCUGCUGCAGGAGAGCCCCUCCGCCGCGGGGCUGGAGUCCGAGCUGGAGACCCUGCGGCAGGCUCUGGACAGCGGCCUGGACUCCAAGGAGGCCAAGGAGAAGUUCCUCCACGAGAUCGUCAAGAUGAGGGUCAAGCAGGAGGAGAAGCUGGGGUCCGCACUGCAGGCCAAGAGAAGCCUCCAGCAGGAGCUGGAGUUCCUGAGGGUGGCGAAGAAGGAGAAACUGCGGGAGGCCACGGAGGCCAAGCGCAACCUGAGGAAGGAGAUCGAGCGGCUCCGCGCGGAGAGCGAGAAGAAGAUGAAGGAGGCCAACGAGUCGCGCGUGCGGCUGAAGAGGGAGCUGGAGCAGGCCCGGCAGCUCAGGGUCUGUGACAAGGGCUGUGAGGCGGGCCGCCUGAGGGCCAAGUACUCUGCACAGAUCGAGGACCUGCAGCUGAAGCUCCAGCACGCCGAGGCGGACCGUGAGCAGCUGCGGGAGGAUCUCCUGCAGGAGCGGGAGGCCCGGGAGCACCUGGAGAAGGUGGUGAAGGAGCUGCAGGACCAGCUGUGGCCCAAAUCCAGCACCAGCGCCGACACGGGGGCCAAGGACUCCCACAACUAGCCCCGGGACGCAGUGACGGGGGGGGGGGGGGAGGACACCGACACACAGAGCACAUUUCUAUCCGUCUAUCCGAGCGUGCGUCCUUCACACGCGACGCGCGCUCCUCAACGCAGCCGCCGGAGUGGGAGAGAAGCCAGAGAGAAAAACGCGACAGUUUGGAGACCGGAAUGUGUACCAGGGGGAAAACGUGUUACUAACAUAAGCACUGAAACGCAUCUCUCAUUCAGAUAAACAAAUUAUAAAAAAAAAAUAAUAAAGAUAUAUAGCACAAGAAAUGUAUUGUGCCUAUAUUUUCCCUGAAACAAAAACUGAAAAAAAAAAAAAAAAACGAUAUUUGGAUACAAACUUUUCUAUGAUGAAAAUAUUAAUAAUGAUAGUUAUUACUACCAUUGCUACCAAUAUGAAAAUACUACCAAUAUGAAACCAAUACAGAACAAUUUUGGAAGCAUCGCGGCGGGCAUGUCUCAUGACCUGCCGGACGGAGGACUGGACUGGGGGACGGACACGUCUUUUUGGGGGGGGACCCUUCAGUGUCCUUUUUGUUCUUUGUGAAGACAUUUGAGGAUUUCAUUUUGUAAUAAGCUAUUUAAGACUGCGGUAAAGUAAAGACUUGAGUGUAUAAGAAAAAAAGAAAACAUUUCUUUGUGUUGAUGGAGCCUCAAAAACAUUCAAAAAGAAAACGUCGUCAAGCAACAAGGAGGACACGAUUCCCACUUUUGCCGCCAUCUUUCCAACGGUCAGUGUAGAAGAAGGCCCUUAACAACCAUGGAAAAAAGGAACGGACUUCAUUUUGCAUUUCUUUUCUACGUGUGGCGAAAUCUUUGGAGAAGUACAGCAUGGUGAGGUUUACAGGGGACUGGGCUGGCCAAGCCACUCCCUCAGAAUCUGUAUUUUGGAGAAAAAAAAGAAAAGAAAAAAAAAAGGUGUGUUGUGUUCUAGGCACUCUUACAGAAUGAGCACUUCAUUUAGAUAGGGAAGUCUCCCCCACCGUUAGUGCACAGGCAAAACACCAACGCGCAGUGGCUUCAAACAAGCUGUGUGUGCGUCUGUGCGUUUUCCUGUCCAAACCAAACCAGUAUAUUAGACUUACUGAGUAAAUGCAGCUACGACUCCUUGUACACAGUCUGUAUCAAGUCUGUUCAGAAUCUUUGGUUAAAAAAAAGAGAAAAAAGAAAAAUUAGCAUGACUGCAUUUUGUAUUUUUUCAUUUGGAUGCUAAAACUUGCUGCUCCAUGAAGUUCUGAAAACACCAUUUUUUAAAUACUAUGAUUUUAGGGUUAGAAGCUGCGCCUUUAGCAAGAACCACAAAUUGUUCUCUUUUUAUUUUAAUUACGAUGUGUAAAUAUAAAUAUGAUUUUUUUAAAAUAAAUUUUACAAUAAUGAAUCGCACUUUGUCAAAUACAGACCUUGUUAUACUGCGUUUUAGUCCCACUCUUGUUCUCUUACCUUGCUUUUGGGGAAAAUGUGAUCAUGACAACAGCAGAAAUCAAAUUAGCAUUUCCUCUUUCGUAUGUACCUAAUUUAAAUGCCAUGCAAUUACAUGUUAAAGGCUAAACAAUGUAAAUAAAAAUGCAAAAAAAGGUGUCUAUA